CCUAAUUAAGCAAACCAAAAUAAGAGACUUGAGAAUCAAAAUCAAAUCUCCCUUCUUUUUUAUUAUAAUUAAUUAAUAAAUGGUAAAACCAAUUCCUAUCACAACAGUUCUAAGAGGAGCGUCAACUGCAGCCUCCAAAUUCAUCAAAUCAUCGAAACCCAUCCGACCCAUCUCCUCCAACAACACCAUGGCUAGUCCCAACAAAGACUCCUCUACCGCCGCCACUUCCAGCGAAAGUAGCCGCCGCAGCGUCCCGCUUUCCGCGGUGGUAGCGGACUGUGCGAAACGGUGGUUUCAAGACACUCUUGAAGAAGCAAAAGCCGGGAACAUCACUAUGCAAGUUGUAUUGGGUCAGAUGUAUAACUCUGGCUACGGAGUUCCCAAAGAUGCUCGAAAGGGGAGGGUUUGGAUUACGAAAGCAUCAAGAGUUCGUUCAUCAGUGUGGAAAGUGCAGGCUAAACGACCAGGUUACAACGCGUCUGAUUCAGAUUCAGAUUCAGAAUCUGAGUAGCAUGUAAAUCGUUUGUCGAGAAAGAUCUUUGUUUUGUGUUCUGUUUGGUCUCAUUUUGGGAUGUUCCAAGUUCAUACAAUAAACAAUGUGUCUUGUCUCCGCGCAAAUCAUUUUUGUGUCUUUAUUAUAUAUGUUUCUGUUUCAUCUUUUGUGAAAGCUGUUGUUGAUUUUGUAUGUUACUAGCAAUGAAAUUCUGUCACACCAAUGUAGCAGUUUUUGUAAGGAGUUAGUCCAAAGAUGUUAAG